AUGGCGCAACACUCCCAAGCCUCGCCUCUUCUCCUCAAUGCGAGCUUGCAUAGAACGAUUGCUUCCGUCGCCACCAACAAAGCAUAUAGACAGCUCAUGGACUGCAGCCCAUUGCAGCCCGUCACAGCCUGCCCGGAGCCUUGCUGGUACACCAGGGAGAAUCCCAUCUUCCAACCAUCAUCCGUAGCUCACCUGCAAGACAGCGCGCAGAGCCAAGUCUUCCUCAGCUCCUGUCUCUACCGACCCGGGGUGCGAGCCGCUGCUACCCAACACCACCCGCCCCCGACAACGGCGAGGAACCCGUCGCCCAACGGCGACCUUUCUGGCGGUGAAAACGCAACAUUCUCAAGGUCUUUGGCGCCCUGCUCCUUGAUGGCCCUUAAUAGUCUCUGCAUUUCCUGGCUUCUCUCGCUCUCCUCGCUGUUCGGCACCCUCACCGUGCCCAUUGACCACCCCCACGUCUCACACUCCGCCGGUAAGACCUUUACCGUGCCCCUGGUGCGCCUACGCGGCAGCAACUACGCGGCGCGCAACGUCCUGCUCAGGCCCGGCAGGCCAGGCGGUAGCGGCGCCGAGUUUCUCCAGUGCCGGGACGACUUCCAUCUGGUCGGCUUCGAGCUGCGCGAUGCUGGCGCCUCGGAGCCGCAGGUCCGCUUCGACGGGGACGCGGACCGUGUUAUUGAGCGCUGCGGCGAGUGGGCAACUGUGCGCAGGUUUGUGCGGCUGACAUGGGCGACGGCGAAUAUGACUGUCAUGCUGGACGCUUUUGACCAAGCCGGGCUGCAUUCUCUUGGGCACAGCUAUGGCACCGCGCUCGGCGCCUCCUUCGCUAUGAUGCUUUCGGAAAGAGUCGAGCGUGUUUUCAUGGAUGACGUCUUCGCCGGCAGCGACUGCUGGUUGUCCGGCUUUCGGCGUACUGGACAAGAUAUUCAGCGCAACGUGACAAGUUCCCUGAAGAAGCACGGCCCGACUUCCGUCUACAUCAACAGUAAUGCCUUCAGCAUCGUCACAUACGAUUCUCUCAUUGGCGGCAGCUUUCUGGCCCUGUUCUCGUCCAAGAUGUGGUUCUCGCUCGCCGACAACCCAGCCCAGCCGCUCUCUGGCAACGCGACCGGAGCUUUGUCGGGGAUGCACGACCAAAAAUACCACCAGCGUUCGCAACGAUAG